CUUAGAACUUAAUGACCGGCCUGAAUGGCAUCAGCAGGCUGAUAAUUUGUGCCCCGUGGCUAUUUUUUCGCACCCGAGUUUGCAACACCCGGCCAUCCGCACCCCUAGCACCAAUAGUAAAUUUACCGCAUCACUGUUGCUCUUCUACGACUCCAUAGGUAUUGUAGGCUCCGGGGGAAAAUGUCGCGGUCGUACUGCUCAAGUGCUGGGCAAUCAUCAAGUUUGAGACCGAAUAAACCUUACUAGUAUCAUACAAUGUUUAUAGUAUUCGUUCAAUGGGGACUAAUGGAUAAGGAAUAAUUCUUCAAGUAGCCUGCCAUCUUAUCCACUUUCUGUACCGUAUUAUUUCCACCGUGGAAUGUUGUCCUUGUAGACUAACAAUCACGGGGCAACCACGAAAUUGCAGAACGGGGUUUUGGUGGUUUGAGCGUUACGCGACUCCUUCACCAGACAUCCUCGCAACGCCAAGCACAUCCAGAAAGAGUUACCCGCCCUUCAACUCCCCUGAUCCAUCCAGCCUGUCAACAUCCCCACGACCGACGGACGUUAUCGCGCCCCCGAUCGGCCGACAACCCACAAGCUGCCUUCCAGCGGAUUCUACUGCCAAAGCCCGGCACACAGUACCUGAAUACCCCCGGAAUUUCUUAUCUCAACCUUCAACUCGUCACAUACCAUAGCCUCCUUUCUUAGCGGACAUCCGGCAAUGACUGCUGCGCAAUACCCCGCCGUUCCGGUGGGUGCCGCACAUGACAUCCUCUCAGAAUCCUCAGACGACGAAGGCAGCUGUGCCGACCACGAAGUUCUCAAGGAAGAGGAAGAGCGGGAAAAAUUGCUUGCGGGCAGAAAUGGCCUGUUUGGAUCCAUCGGGGGUAAGCCCGGUGUGAAGAUUGGGAAGAAGGUCCGCGGUGCGCGGGGAAAGAAGAAAGGUGUUUGCGACGUUGUUCACAUGAUGGGUGGGAAGAGGUUGGGUAUGGAAGAGGGGGGUGAGUUUGGGCUUGGGGCGGAUAGCGAUGAUGAGGCCGACAGCGAGGAGGGUGAGGACGUUGAUUUAUUGAGAGAGAAGGAGGUCAUUGAGAGGAAGGUUUGUUUUAACUCGGCGAUUUGAUCGGGCACAGGGGCGCUAACUGACUGAGGGACAGCCAAGGAAACCCUCCGUUAGAAGAGUUCUGUUGUAUACGGUUUCGCUGCUGACGUUUUUGCUGCUGCUGAUUUCCGCAUCGUUAUCUUUGUCGCACGGGCGUCGCUCCGGAGCGGUGCCGUUUGGUAUCACGAAGGACACUCGGUUGUCUAACGGGACGCAUGACUAUAAGCCUACUACGCUGCUGAUUUCUCUGGAUGGGUUCCGUGCGGAUUUUCUUAACAGAGCUAUGAGCCCCGAGCUUACGGCGAUGGCGAACUCUGGGUUGUCGUCGCGAUGGCUCACACCUGCUUUCCCCUCAGUUACCUUCCCAAAUCAUUGGACCAUUGCGACAGGAUUGCACCCUGAGUCACAUGGUAUUGUGGGGAAUAGCUUCUGGGACCCUGACCUUGAGAAGGAGUUCUUCUACACCGACCCUGCCCGCUCCCUGCAACGCGAGUGGUGGGGCGGCGAACCCCUCUGGGCCACUGCUGAGCGCCAGGGCAUUAAAUCGGCGGUGCACAUGUGGCCCGGGUCCGAAGCUAAUGAUGGCUGGGACAUUAGCUACUUAGACCACUUCAACAGCACCGAGUCCCUCAAAAGGAAGACCGCGAGGAUACUAGAGUGGCUGGACCUCCCCCUCCAAGAACGACCACAAUUUAUCGCGGCAUACGUUCCAAAUGUGGACGCAAUCGGACACAAAUUCGGCCCAAACACUACCGAUCUCAAUACCGCUAUUCAAGAAGUAGACGCCAUGCUCACAGACCUCCUCGGCGGCCUAGACGCUCGCAACCUCACCGACCUCAUAAACAUAAUCAUAGUCUCCGACCACGGCAUGGCUAGCACCUCCCACGAAAGGCUAAUUUAUAUCGACGAGAUAAUCGACAUGUCACUAAUCGAGCACACAGAUGGCUGGCCACUCUACGGUCUCCGCCCGCACGCAAACGUGAAUUUAACAGUCCUUUACGAAACGCUCCUUUCGGAAACCCUCGCGAAUCUGGAAAGGGGUAAGAAGCAUUGGGACGUAUACCUACGCGAUAAGAACAUGCCCGCUCGCUGGCACUUUUCUAAUAACGAUAGGAUAGCUCCACUGUGGGUUGUUCCCGAGACAGGGUACGCUAUCGUUACUAGAAAGGAAUACGACGUGGAUGCACCUUCUAGGGGAAAGUAUGAGCCUGCCGGGUUGCACGGAUAUGACAAUUUACAUCCAUUGAUGAGGGCGAUUUUCAUUGCGAAGGGUCCCGCGUUUAGACACCUGUACACUGGGGGGCAGAGACGGGUUAUGGGUAUGGGUGUAGAGGAGGAGGAGGGUGAUGUGGGUGUUGUUUUAGAGGAAUUCGGCAAUUGGGAGGUACACAGAAUCGUCUGUGAAAGUCUAGGCAUUAGCGAAGCCCUCGGCGGUACAAAUGCGACCAUCAAGGGUCUUGCAGCAUUCAAAGUCGUUCCCGACUGGCCAGUCACAGAAGAGGAAGAGGGGAAGGAAAUUGACGCAUCUACCAGUGCACAAGUAGGGCAACCUGUUAUCCCCACUACGACCGCUACGGCCCCAACGAGUGCAAAUGAAGGUGUAGUCUCCAUUCAAACGAUCCCUGCAGACCCCGACCCGCAGCCAAAUUCCGGAACCGCACAACCACCAGAGCCAGAGCAAAAUGAAACCCAAAACCCCUCGGCGGAGACGCCCGGAGAAGGAGAAGAGAAGCCGGGAGAGAAAAACCCGGAAGACAUGAACCCGUGGGAAUACGCAAAGUGGAAAGCCGAUAAAUUGAAGAUUGCUCUGGAGAAGUGGUGGGAAGGGGUUUGGGUCGGCGAUGAUUGAGAUUUUCGGGGGUUCUCAUUUCGUCUGAUCGCUGCGCUGUGUUUUGUUGGGUUAGAUGGGGUAAUUGGCGUUUUCUGUUUUUUGUUCUGCCUGUAUUUAUUCCUAGCUUUCGCAUGAUAUUUGGGUGGGGGGAUGGGUGGGCCGAAGCGGGCUCCUGGGGAAGGAAGGAGAGAGGAUCAGGGGAAUGGGGGGAUACUGUUUUACUUUUUUUUCGUUGCUUUUCGUUAUUUUUCGCCCCUUUAAGUGUCACCACCGAAGGAGGGGUAUUUAUUGUUCAGGAUGUACGGUACGGCAAGAUCUUAAUAACUUUGUAUGAAAAUACAACACAGUUUGAGGUGU